UAGGUGGGAAGGAAAGCUAGAGAGCUGGGCAGAGCAAGAGAGAAGUUGGGAGGAAAGGAGAAAUCGGAUGCGUUAUACUGAAAAGAGCGAGAAGAAUUGAGUGACAGGAGCAUCGAAUCACCAAGGACUCGUGUCUGUAUUUAAAAGCAGAGAUCGCAGUUCAGACUCCUCAAGACAUCUCACAGCUCAACCAGCGCAGAGGAUCAGCGUGACUGCAGCACACACAGGUGAAGCAAGAAAUUGAGAGGCAUCGAGAAAAUGAGGAACACUGCAGUCGGUCUGGCAAUUCUUUUCCUCAUGGCAGUCCAGUCAUGUCAUGGAGGCUGUGCAGAGCCACAAGACACACAGGGCUCAGGUGUUCAGUAUAAGAAAACUUCAGACAUUUAUAAACUUCCAGCAUCCCUCUUGAAGCGGUUUUAUGACGAUGAUUCAUAUGAUGGUUUUGUUGGACUUAUGGGAAGGAGAAAUUCAGAUUCUAAGGAAUUUUCUUCAUUGCCUUUAAAAAGAGACAUGCAUGACUUCUUUGUUGGUUUAAUGGGAAAGAGGAAUUUACAAACAGGAAACUUUGCAAGUGAAGAAAAGGAAGUUGAACCAGAUUCCAGGUACUCAACAAAAUGCAGAAAGUCCAGGCGUUCAGUUUAAGAUGGGAAACAUUGAAGGUCCUAGAAGAUCUUCUAAAAAGAAACAUUACCUUUCCAAUGCCAAACACACUGGAUUUUUUAUUUCGUACCACGGAUGAAAAGCCCCACUUUUGUUGUAUUUUGAAAUAUAUUUUCACAUUUCUCUCCAUCAUGAUGAUUCAUUAUAAAAUCAUUUGUCAAGCAAAAAGGACAAGUGAAUAUCAUCAAAAUUCUAGUUGUCUGUAGCUAUGAAUUUGUUUAUUGCACAGAAAUAUUUUUAUUUCGUCUAUCUGAAUAUUGAAUAUUGGCAACUAAUUUUGUUAAACAAUAUGGCAAUUGUGCUGCUGAGUCCUUUCCUUUGUAGGUUUUGUCAUCCAUGCGGCUGAGUAUAAAAUCAGAUUUAAUCAGACAUGAAGAAUAAAGGCUUACAAAUAGUAAACAUAAACUGUAAGGACAAAAAAGGCUCAGAUUCUGUAUGAAGAUCAAGUUCUACAUUGUACUCUUAAGUGUCACCAAUAAUCCUGUGCCUAUCACGUUGCCAGCCAAGCUUCAACCCAAUAAUGUAGCUAAAGAUAAAACAAUCACAUCAAAUAAUAACAAUAUUUUUACAUAUGAUCUUGUGUGUUCUUGAGUCUUUUUCAGCUAGUAUGAUGUAUCUUUUGUUAUAUACAGUAACACUGAUGCUAUAAUGACACAAUUAAAAUGGAAUUAAAUGUUCAGAGGUAUAAAGUU